AUGGCUGCGUCAUCCACCAUUAACAACUUCCUCUCUUUCUUCUUAACCCCAAAACCUCCGCCACCCUCUCCACCGCCGCCACUUAACUUUAACUCCACCACUUCUUCUCAGACCCACAAACCCUCACAGCCCCUAAUUACUCAAUACGACCCUUCUUCUUCUUCUUCCUCUUCUUCUUCUUAUUGUGCUUCUUCCACUGAAUUGUCCUCUGUGAUAUGUCCCUCCAUGGCGUACACAAACACGCUCUUCUUCCGGUCUCCGUACAACGUGCAGGUGGUGGUGGCCGGCGACGAGCCCGAGGAACACCUCCUCAACAGGUUCCGCAGAGAGGUGUCGAAGGCCGGCAUCAUUCAGGAGUGUAGGCGGAGGAGGUACUUCGAAAACAGACAAGAAGAGAAAAAACGCAGGUCGCGUGAGGCUGCUAAACGCAACCGCAAAAGGCGGCCCAUGUCAAACACUGUAGCCCAGAAAAAACAGGAUGUACAACCAACCAAGAGAGAAGACGAUGAGGAUAACUGGGAUCUACCUGAAGGAGACACUCUGUAUUAA